AUGUUGAAUCACUCUUCAUUUUCGUUCAUUAGUGAGCGGCAGCAAUUUGCAACUCUCCUGAGGAGUUGUUCAAAGGACUGUUUGCUUGAUCAAGGACAGAAAAUCCAUGCUGUUGUAGUGAAAACGGGACUUGGUGUUGAUUUGAUGUUAAACAAUGAUCUUAUUGAUAUGUAUGGGAAGUGCAGUAGAGUGGAGAUGGCUCGUGCUGUGUUUGAUAGAAUGCCUGAAAGGAAUGUUGUCUCUUGGACAUCUCUCAUGUGUGGGUAUUUACAGCAGGGUAAUGCCAAGGCUUCAUUAUCUCUUUUCAGCCAAAUGGGACAUUUCAGUACAAAACCCAAUGAGUAUACUUACUCGACCAAUUUUAAAGCUUGUGGGAUUUUGGGUAUUCCUGAGAAUGGAAUGCAGAUUCAUGUUAUGUCUGUCAAAACUGGAUUUGAGUGGGCUCCUGUGGUGAGCAAUUCUAUCCUUGACAUGUACUCAAAAUGUGGGAGAAUUUGGGAAGCAAACCAGAUGUUUAAUAUAAUGCCUGCUAGGAGUCUUGUGAGUUGGAAUGCCAUGAUAGCCGCAUACACCCACAAAGGAAAAAGCAAGGAAUCUCUAGUUCUGUUCCAAAAGUUGCAAGAACAAGGGGAAUUCCCAGACGAAUUCACUUUUACAAGCACCUUGAAGGCUUGUAGUGUUCUUGGAGCAAUUCAGGAAGGAAGCCAAAUUCAUGCUUUCUUAAUCACAAGUGGGUUCCCAUAUUCCAUUCGAACAACUGUUGCAGGUGCUCUUGUUGAUCUCUAUGUGAAAUGCCAGAACUUAUCUGCGGCGCGGAGAGUGUUCGACCAAAUAGAACAGAAGAAUGUCAUAUCCUGGUCUGCAAUAAUUCUAGGUUAUGCCCAAGAAGAAAACCUACCUGAGGCCAUGGCCUUGUUUAAGCAGCUCAGAGAAAGUAGCAUUCAAGUUGAUGGCUUUGUUCUCUCUAGCAUAAUGGGUAUCUUUGCGGAUUUUGCUCUAGUAGAGCAGGGGAAGCAAAUGCAUUCCCACACCAUCAAACUUCCAUCAGGUUUGGAGACAUCAGUGACCAAUUCAAUCGUUGAUAUGUAUCUUAAAUGUGGAUUACCCGAGGAAGCAGAAAAACUCUUUAGCUUAAUGCCAACGAGAAAUGUGGUUUCUUGGACGGUUAUGAUCACAGGGUAUGGAAAGUAUGGUUUUGGCAAAGAAGCAAUUCAUCUCUUCAACAAAAUGCUUUUAGAUAAUAUAGAGCCAGAUGAGGUGACUUACUUGGCUUUGCUAUCAGCUUGUAGUCAUUCUGGACUUGUUGAACAAAGUCAAGAAUACUUCACGAGAUUGUGCAAGGAUUCUCAAAUCAAACCUAGAAUUGAACAUUAUGCUUGCAUGGUUGAUCUCCUUGGCCGUGCUGGACGCUUAAAAGAAGCCAAAAAUCUAAUAGAGAACAUGCCAUUUGAACCAAGUGUGGGGAUAUGGCAGACAUUGCUCAGUGCCUGUAGGGUACAUGGAGAAGUGGAAAUAGGGAGAGAAGUGGGAGAGAUUCUUUUGGCAUUGGAUGGUAAUAAUCCAGUUAAUUAUGUAAUGAUGUCAAAUAUUUAUGCUGAGGCUGGAUACUGGAAAGAAUGUGAGAGAUUGAGAAAAUUGGUGAAGAGGAAGGGGCUAAAAAAGGAGGGAGGACGUAGUUGGGUAGAGAUUGACAAGGAGGUACACUUUUUCUAUGGUGGAGAUGACGCGCACCCCCUUACACAUAGAAUCCAUGAAGUCCUGAAGGAAAUGGAGAGUAGGAUGAAAGAAGAGAUGGGUUAUGCUUAUGGAGUGAAGUUUGCAUUGCAUGAUGUGGAAGAGGAGUCAAAGGAGGAGAGUUUGAGAGUUCACAGCGAGAAGCUGGCGAUUGGAUUGGCAUUAGUUUGUGGCGGGCAGAAGGGAGAAAUGGUGAUUCGGGUUUUCAAAAACUUGAGAGUUUGUGGAGAUUGUCACGAGUUCAUCAAGGGCUUGUCAAAAAUUUUGAAACGGGUGUUUUUGGUUAGAGAUGCUAACAGGUUUCACAAGUUUGAAAAUGGGUCAUGCUCCUGUAGAGAUUAUUGGUGAUGCUGUUUCAACAGUGCAUCGCAGAACUGUGCCUUGUUAAGUCUUGUUCUCAAAUGCAAAUCUUGAGAAGCUUUUGGAGAGUGAAUUCAGAUCUUAGUCUUUCAGAUAGCUAUUGAACUAUACUCUUGUCAACAUUUCCAAAAACUCCAGCUUGUGCCUACAUAUGCAGAUGUUCGGCAAAGUCCCCAUAGCUCAUUCAUUGUGGCCACCUUUAUCCCAAAGAAUGCCCAGAACACAAUCACUAUAGUUUAUAGUUCUGUUCUUUAUUAUUUUUUUUAUUUUUUUUUAAAUUCUUUCCCCAUUGGGGGCCCACUCGACAACGUUCUCAAGGUUUAAACCCGAAACUUCUAAUGCAGAAGUUCCAAGCUCUAACCUUGGACUAUCCUCUAGGAGAUUCUCUGUUCCGAUCAUGCAAUACAUGACAAGCAGCUGUGUUGAGCAUGGAAAAAACAGCUGACUGUUAACUUGGAACUUCUUGAUAGCAGCUAUCGUGUGAUCCCUCUUAGCCUCAGCAGGCAUCAUCCGAAGAGACAAAAAAAAAGUGUUUAUUUCCAAUGCCGAUCUUGUUCCUUAACAUCGACUGUAAUUUGAAGGCACAAAGUUCUCCAAAAAUGGGUUUAAUGCUCAUCUGCUAUGUAAUGGAGGACUGAUAUUGCUAAUACUUUAGAAAUUACGGUUUUCAUAUUACUUUGAAAAU